AUGCUUGAGCCACUCGUUUGGGCGAUUAGAGGAUUCUACCUUCUUAGCUGCGUUGCCAUCCUAGCUGUCCGCCUCAUCCCUUCGUUGCGCGACCGCUUCCUUGCAUAUGGCGCCCGAGAUCCUGCCUCAACCGCUGCAAGGCGACCGGAUCCGACGAAGACUGUGCUGGGAGCACAACUUCUCGACUUCGCGGCCAGUUUGAAAGUGCCGCACUCGUGGUUCACUCAUUUCUAUGUCGUUUCUGUGCUGUCAUCGCUCUGCUGCAUGGUCGCUUUAUCCGACAGAAGCCCGGCAGCAGUGUUCGAGGUCCCCAGAUUCUGCUCGGCGUUGAUGCUCUUCCAGGGUGGUCGAAGACUGCUCGAGUGUGCUUUCGUUUCUCGGCCAGGUAACUCGAGGAUGUGGAUCGGCCAUUACGCGAUCGGUCUCGCCUUCUAUAUGGCCACAAACAUAGCCAUCUGGGCCGAACACCUUGCUCUGAGUAGCAAGGCGGACACCAGGAUGCAUGGACACGGUACUCUGUCGCAAAGUCUUUGGACGCCCAGAGUCGUCACCUGCACCCUGCUGUUCUUCUACGCGUCGUACAAGCAACACCGUUACCAUCGUUAUCUGGCCCAGCUCAGAAAGUACACUUUGCCCGACGUGGAUGCUUUCCACUUCAUAGUUGCGCCGCAUUACACAGCAGAAUGCGGAAUCUAUCUUGCCUUGGCAGUGCUGGAUGCACCGCGAGAUCAUGGCCAGGGAAGACCUGUCAAUUGGACGCUGGUUUGUGCUCUCAUCUUCGUCAUGGUGAACCUUGGUAUCACAGCAGAUGGGACGCAGACUUGGAUGAUGGACAAGUUCCCCGACAGGAAGGAGGAUGUGCGGCGAAGAUGGAAGAUGAUUCCAGGCCUCUGGUAG